AUGUUCCAUAUCCACUGUCAUAGAUACAGUUUGAACUUCAAAGGAAUUCCCUACCGUACCGAAUGGAUCCAAUACGUCGAUAUUGAAGCCCACGCGAUCGAACACGAGAUACCUCCUUCGUCGAAGAAACCAGACGGCAAGCCUCAUUACACCCUUCCGGCCAUCUACGACGAGUCGACGGGUGUUAAGCUAUCAGACUCGCUCGUCAUCGCCGACUAUCUCGAGAAGACGUACCCGAACACCCCGCCACUCUUUCCUAACAAUACGCGUGCCUUGCAAGGCGCGUUCGAGCCCCCCGUCUUCGCCAACAUGAGCGCCGUCGCCCAGUUCUCUCUUCCCUACCUCGUUUCUGGGAAGUUCUUCACCCAACGUGGAGAGAAGCAUUAUCGCACCCUUAGGGAGCCUGGUUUUGGACAGCGCCUCGAAGAUAUACUGCCCGUUGGGGAAGCGCGCGUGAGGGAAUGGGAGCGCUUCAAGAACGACGUUGGGGAUAUUGCCUCCUGGUACGACAAGAAUGGCAGCAAGGGGCCGUUCGUCCUCGGAGAAGCCCCUUCAUGGGCUGACUUUGUCGUUGCGUCGUAUCUUGUGUGGUUAAGGGUUAUCUGGGGAGAAGAAAGCGAGGAGUGGAAGGAUCUUGAGGCGUGGCAUAAUGGACGGUGGAAAAAUCUGUUUAUUGCGAUUAGGAAGUAUGAAAAGAUUGUAUAA